AUGGCUGACCCGCUGUACGAACUGUUGAUUCCCUACUUUGACGCUGCCCACGAUGCGCCUCCCCCAAACUCCCCCCAAACCAAUGCCUACCUCGCCCGCCUUACCACGCUCCCUCUCGCAGCCCUGGGCUCGUCGGAGCAACAAUCGCUGUCGCAAAGCUCACAGUCCAUCCUUCGUUCCCUCCAUGCCCUCUCCAAACGUUCCCACAAGCCCAUCAUAGCCUCAAUCGACCACCUUGGCCAUCUCGCGAAGACGCUUCCGCAAAUAGGCCAAGAUGCAGGCGCGAUACAGGCGGGCCUGCCCAAACUGGAAACAGCAGCCCAGUCAUUUGCAGAGAAAUAUAGUAGAGGAUCCGAGAAUGCCAUACUGGACCAACGGAGAAAGGCUAUGUUGUUGUCGCGCAACAUGGACCGCGUAUCCGAUGUGCUCGAUCUACCCACCCUCCUCUCCUCUGCCAUUAGCUCUUCCACUGCUGUCGCCCAGGCUACCGCGUCUUCUGCCACUACCAACGCAAACUAUGCCUCGGCCUUGGAUCUCUACGCCCACAUCAAGCGCCUGCACACGCUCUAUCCCAACUCGGUCCUUGUCUCGUCUCUCACUGCCCAGGCCGAGCAAGAAAUGAAGACCAUGACCACCAAUCUCAUUAGCUCCCUCCAGUCACAGGGCAUCAAGCUGGCCGGCGCCAUGCGGACCAUUGGCUGGCUCAGACGCGUAGCCCCGGAGCUAGAUGAAGCCUGGUCCACCAAGCAAGCCGGCAUAGGCAGUGGAGAAGGCACACUGGGCGCUCUCUUCCUCGUUUGCAGACUCGCCUGCCUCGAGCUCAUCACAGCCGCUCUUGAACCUCUCCGCGAGCUCGCUGACCAGGAAAGCGAGAAGCGAAACAGCAAAACCACAAAAGGUGACGCUGGGUGGGCUGCCGGCCAGCAAACGGAAAAGUACCUGAAGAAAUAUCUAGAGGUUUUUCGAGAACAAAGCUUCGCCAUUAUAUCAAUGUAUAAAAGCAUCUUUCCCUCUGCUCUGCCCGCCCCUGGCUCGGAAGAAAUAGCACCCGCUGUCAAACCCGUCACGUCGCAAAAUCCUCUCCAACCCAUUCCCUCCGCUCUAGCUACAUUUCCCCUCCACCUCGUUGAAAUGCUGUUCGAUACAUUGCGUACCUACCUCCCCAACGUGCAGGAUCGCUCGGCGCGGGACUCGCUGCUCACUCAGGUCUUGUAUUGUGCCGCGUCGCUAGGCCGGCUGGGUGGAGACUUUAGCAUGAUGAUUGCGUUAUUGGAGGAGGAUUUGAGAGCGGAGCUACAUGAGAGCGAUGAGCAGGAAAAGACGCAGAAUGAGCCUGAAGAGGAGUGGAUAGACGUCAUGAAGAAGCACCGUGUUCAGGCGUCAAGGCUCGAGUUGUUGGCAUCGGGCGUCGGCGCAGCCAGGACGGCUAGCCCAGUGGAAAGGAUGGCAAGCCCCCAAAAGUAG